CUCCCACAUUGUGCACACGGCAGCAUCACCCAUUGCCUGCAAUGGCGUUGUCUAGCGGUGUGUAGACCACGGCUUGUGUGUCAAAGUGUCAAUAGGGCGACAUAAUACUGGACUAUCGACGGGCUUGAAUGGAAAUGUCGUAUUGGAGGGGAUUUAUAACGAUAGCAGAGUAUUUCAUGUGAAUUUUUACGGGACUAUUUUAUGUCGCGGUCAUUCAUCACAUGAAGCAAUGAACGUGUCCAUGGCCCCUAAUGAAGUGUGAAAUCAAAUCACAGUGAUAAUCACACAGGCAGGAAACUCGCUGGAUACUACAGUAGUAUAUGUGAGAUGAAGGCCCAGCGAUGCUGCUGAGAUCCCCUCUGCCUCCUCACCUCUGACGCCAUCAUGCUGAAGACGGAGGCCUCGGGGGAGAGGAGCAAUCUCCGGAGCGCCUCCCCCCACCGCAACGCCUACAGGACAGAGUUCCAGGCCCUAAAGAAGGCCUUCGACCAGCCACCACGGCAGGACAGCAAGGAGCCCCAGCUCAAGGACACCGAGCGGGUCACUCAGCGCCGGGGACGACAGUAUGGUGCCCAUGUUAGCCGCAUCAAGGACAUGUUCAUGCAGAUGCAGGGCACAGAGAGCUCCGGUACUUCCACCAGGCGGGAAGACCCGUCGCCUCAGAAGAUGACCAAGCCCACCAACUUCAUCAACAAGGUGGACGGCUCAGUCAUCAAGCUCACGCAGCACCCUAUAGCGGACCGGACCAGCGCAGGGUCAAAGGUCGUAGAGACCAGGAAGCUGUUUGAGCAGCAGUCACGUGACGCGUCCCAGUCGCCUGUCUACUCCUAUGGCCGGGAGAAGAGGGGCUCCCAUGAGCACCUGGACGACUGGCGAGGGUCGCGCUCCAACAGGGGCAGCACAGACUCCCUGGACUCACUGUGUUCCAGGACGGAAGCCCAGUCGCCCACCGUGAGCCAGCUGAGCGCUGUGUUUGAGAGCGUCGACCACCAGGGAGGGGGAGGAGGAGGGGGCCCAUUCCGGCGAGGCCGGGCACUCUACUCCCCUGAUAACUUCCACAGGCACGGCGACCUCAGUGAAGAUGACUCGCGCCAAUCCCCGGUGGGUGGUGGAGGGUACAGGAACUGCGUGGGGGGCAAACUUCCUGUGUCCUCAUCCUCAGAAGACCUCCUCAGCCCUAGCCCGCUGUUGGAGACAGUGGAGCUAAAACCCUUCCUGCAUGAGGAGGAGCCCCAGGAGAGAGAGGAGACAGCAGGGGAGUUAGGACAGAGGGACAGGGAGAGACAUCCUGUAGGGGCCACCACCAACAGAGGGGAAGUGAACGGAUCGUUUGAGGAGAAGCAGGCGGAGGAAACCGACACCUCCAGAGAGACGUCGGGAGUCUGCACGGACUCAAGGCCCACAAAUGAUGCCACCGUCGGGGACAAGACUUCCGAGGACACCUAUGAUACCCCAGCUACCCCAGCCCAUGAUGAAGCCCAGGAUGAGGCAGAAGCCCGUGGGGAGGAGGUGGAGGUGGAGAAGGCCUCCUCCAGGCCCAGGGUCUCUCCAGAGGACCAGGUAGAAGAGCCCAAUGAGGAAUACAGUGGGAACGAGAGGGUGAUUUUUAACGCGGACGGAGAUGCUUGCUACCAAGGCUGGGGGGAGAGCUGUACUGACCCUGAGGAUGACCUUUACGGUGAUGAUGACGUCAUCUAUGACCCUGGGAAUGAUCUUACUGAGAUCCCUGGUUUACCAGAGGAAGAGAAGGAGGAUAUCCCUCAGAAGAGGAAACUACGCUUCAGCACCAAACCCAUGAUGGUGUUCAACACCUACUGUAACGAGGACUAUGACAGGAGGAAUGAGGAGGUGGACCCGGUGGCCUCGUCAGCAGAGUACGAGCUGGAGAAGAGGGUGGAGAAACUGGAGCUGUUCCCUGUAGAGCUGGAGAAAGAUGAUGAUGGCCUUGGUAUCAGUAUCAUAGGAAUGGGAGUGGGUGCUGACGCCGGUCUGGAGAAACUUGGCAUCUUCGUCAAGACUGUCAUCGAGGGCGGGGCAGCUGAGAGAGAUGACAGUGUGUUGUGUCGUAGGAUCAAGGUGAACGACCAGAUCGUGGAGGUGGACGGCACCAGUCUGGUGGGGGUGACCCAGAGCUUCGCUGCCUCCGUCCUGAGGAACACCCAGGGAGUGGUUAGGUUUGUGAUUGGUCGAGAGCGUCCGGGCCAGGUGAGCGAGGUGGCUGCUCUGAUCCAACAGACUCUGGAGCAGGAGAGGAGACAGAGAGAGUUGCUGGAGCAGCAGUAUGCCCAGUAUGAUGCUGAUGACGAUGAGACUGGGGAGUACGCCACUGAUGAGGAGGAAGAGGCGGGGCCGGCCGCGGACGGUGGUGGGGAUGAGGAGGGUGACGGGGAGAAGAGCAUCGAGGUGUUCGAUUUGCCAGAAACGGAUGACAUCAUUUCCCCCUCAGAGUUGGACGCAACCAAACUCUACCAGACAUUCAGAGAGCUGCAGAUCAAGCACACUGUCACCGAGGCAGAGAUACAGAAGCUCAAAAACAAGCUUGCUGUGGUGGAGAGGGAGAAGGCACGCUGGGAGAAGGAGAAGAGCCAGCUGAAGGCCAGCAUGGAGGAGAACAAGGAGAGGAUGCUGAAGCUGGAGAGUUACUGGAUCGAGGCCCAGACCCUGUGCCACACGGUCAACGAGCACCUGAAGGAGGCCCAGUGCCAGUACACCACCCUAGAGAAGAAGUACAACAAGGCCAAGAAACUCAUCAAAGACUUCCAGCAGAAAGAGGUGGAGUUUGUCCAGAAGGAGGAUGCAGAGAGGAAGAGGCUGGAGGAUACAGAGAAGGCCCACCUGGAGGAGAUCCAGGGACUGCAAGUCAGGAUUGCAGCCCUGGAGUCUGAGCUGAUGCAACUGAUGAAACAAAAUGGCAUCCAGAUCAACAACAACAACAACAGCGCCCAACAGCAGAGUCCUGGGAUGGCCGGCCCUGCCAGAGAGCUGAGUGAGGUGGUUCCCCACGCUGGAAGCAGACAGAGACUCUCCAGAGGACUACUACAGGACAGCAUCAGCUCUACAGAGGGAGAGGCAUCAGAGGGCCCUGGCAGUACUCGUUCAUCCAUCCGGAGUGCAGCCUCCAGUACUGUCGAUGAAUCCAGAGCCUCCAGGGCCCCUGGCAGUGGUGAGGGCUCCCCCAGACACACCCUCCACCAGCAGGCAGCAGACAACAACGGGUCUCAGUCUCCUGUGGUGUCCAGCCCCUCUGUCAGCCUGGAUGAUAAGAUCCCCAGGAGCGGUCUGGACCCACUGACACGAAGCAAAGGGAAGGACCGCAGAAGCUCACCAGGAAACAGUUCCACAGAGCCCACCGCUGAGAAUAGCCCAGAGAGGCUCAAGGCCAAGGGUCCUGUGGUGAAGGAUGAUCUGAGUACCAGCAGUAGCAGCUCAGUGGAGGUCAGUGGUCUGCUGACUGAAGCCAAGAUGUCCGGUCGCUCACACACCCUGGUGCUCUCCUCAGACGAGAGUCUGGAUAUGAUAGAUGAGGAGAUCCUAGAUGAGGGCCAGUGCCCCAAGCAGCACCAGUGGCAGAACCUCAUUGUGACAGAGUGGACCUCCCAGCAGGUGUCCCGCUGGCUCAUGGGACUAAACCUGGAGCAGUACAUCCCAGAUUUCAUGGCCAAGAACGUAGACGGAGACCAGCUACUGCAGCUGAACAGUACUGACCUCAAGACCCUUGGCGUUGCCUCCUCCCAGGACCGGGCUCUGAUCAAGAAGAAGGCAAAGGACCUCAAGGUCCUGAUGGAGAAGGCUCGGAGGAACCGGGAGAAACUGGACAAACAGCGAGAGAAGCUCCGUAAGAAAGAGCUGGAGCAGCAACAGAAACAGGCCCACAAACCCAGCCACUCCGAGAUAGCAGAAGGCGCAGCAAAGUAACCCAUGGCUUUAAGACCUACCUCUCCUUGUCUUUCUACCAACAACCACGACAAAGUAGCAUCUCCAGGGAUAGAAACAGUCACCAGAACCACUGAGCUAAAAUACCAGAUGUAUUAUGUGAGAUGUCAAUUGAUAUAACCAGAGAUACUUUUAAGGAGGAGAUGGGGAAACUCCAGUGGAAUCGUAUUAAUGCUCAUUGUGUACGUUGCCCAUGUGUCGUCAAUGGGCCCGCGGUGCAUUCUCGGGGCGAUUCUGGGACAUUGAGAGCUCAAUUGGGUGCUGGGUCAAAAACCCAACAUUACAAAUCUUUUCCGAGAUGUGAGAUAAUUAACUUGUUCUGUGUAAUAUCGUAUAGCUUUGGAAUCGUGACAUUACGUACUUUUGAGGAAGAUAGGCAGGUUUCUCGACUCAUACCCUGACUUUGAGAAUUGCGUGACGGUUUGCUUAGCAACAGCGUGAUGCAGCAUGACAACGUGAAUGCGAUUGGUUGACAGUCUGCUGUGCUGAGUGGGGCGUUAUAUGUUCCUCCAUUCAUAGCCCAAUGCGAUUCCCAUCUCCUCCUUUCUGUAAUAUCUCUAGUAUAACACCUAACAGGGCUUGAGUUCAGGCUGUGGAGUUCAGUGCACUACUACUGGAGGCUGUAGCGCUGGAGGCCGUCACGCUACUGUACCACCGAACAAAUACCAAAAUGACCAGACAGUUGGAUAGUAAAGAUGCUGCCCACCCACCUGCCUACCUUUCAUCUCAUUGUACAUCCUCGUAGGUCAGCGUUUCCCAAACUCAGUCCUACGGACCCCAAGGGAUGCACCUUUAGUUUUUUGCCCUAACACUACACAUAUGAUUCAAAUGAUCAAAGCGUGAUGAUUAGUUGAAACCAAACGUGCACCCCUUGGGGUCCUGAGGACCAUGUUUUGGAAACCCUGUCAUAGUGUUUCCAAACCUCCACCUCCAUUACAUAUUAUUUAUUUUGCUGUAAUUCAGGUUUAUUUAUUCAUUCGGAAAAUAGAAACCCCCAAAUAUAUCAGCUUCACACCCGUCUGUGUUCCUCCUCUUUUUAUGAUGUGUUAUAUAAAACAGCUUUAGACAUAAUGACAAUGUACAUAUAUUAUCAUAUAGAGAAGUUUAAUGUGCCAUUUUUUAUCAAAUGAACAUGUAUAUUCUGUGCAGAUAAAUCGAUGGAUUUAUGGAAUCUGAAUCUUCCCAUCAUAGCUCUGAUGAAGCACAUACUCUACAAAUGACCUGUGUAGGGGAUAGUGAAUGCAAUACCCAGAUCUCACCACUAGGUGGGGCAACCAACACCUAGAUCUCACCGCUAGGGGUCAGGGCUGUGUGGUGGAUGAUGGGGCAAUACCCAGAUCUUACCACUUGGUGGGGCAAUACCUAGAUCUCACCAUUAGGGGUCAGGUCUGUGUGGUGGAUGGUGGGGCAAUACCCAGAUCUAACCACUAGGUGGGGCAAUACCUAGAUCUCACCAUUAGGGGUCAGGUCUGUGUAGUGGAUGGUGGGGCAAUAUCCAGAUCUCACCACUAGGGGUCAGGUCUGUGCAGUGGAUGGUGGGGCAAUAUCCAGAUCUCACCACUAGGGGUCAGGCCUGCUCCUUGACUCCUACUACUGGAGAAUGAUGGCAACACUGGAACUACUCAAGAGGAACUGAAGUCUAUUGAAUAGACAAGUUAAAGUCUUAUUCUCCAGUUAAAGACUGGAAUAAGAACCAAGUUUGUGGGAGGAAAAUGUAUUUAUACUCCUUACUGGAACUACAAUGGAGAUCUCAACACUGGAAUUCCAACUACUGUAUGAACUAAACUCUUUAGUUUGCUAACAGUAAACUGGCCUCUGCAUCGCAUUAGAGCACUUCACACUAUGAAUGACUAAGGACUUAGUGAGUGGACUGAUUCCUCUUAGUGUGAAGUGAACAGUUCCAUGAAUUUGUAACAUACCAGACCCUGCUCCAAAAACAGGAUGAUGACAUUUCAAAGAGAACAUAGCUUCAUCAACCUGUUUUCAACUUCUUUCUGAUACUCUCUAAAUCGGGUUCUCAAAGUGGGGUCGCGGAGGUACAGUAAGGUUUAAGAGGACAGAUCUAAAAUAUAUAGAGUACUUGUCAAAAGUUUGGACACACCUACUCAUUUGAGGAUUUUUCUUUAUUUUUACUAUUUUCUACAUUGUAGAAUAAUAGUGAAGACAUCAAAACUAUGAAAUAAUACAUAUGGAGGCAUGGAGUAACCAAAAAAGUGUUAAACAAAUCAAAAUAUAUUUUAUAUUCUAAAAAAGUAGCCACCCUUUGCCUUGAUGACAGCUUUGCAAACUCAACCAGCUUCACCUGGAAUGCUUUUCCAACAGUCUUGAAGGGGUUCCCACACAUGCUGAGCACUUGUUGGCUGAUUUUCCUGCACUCUGCAGUCCAACUAAUCCAAAACCAUCUCAACUGGCUUGAGGUCAGGUGAUUGCGGAGGCCAGGUCAUCUGAUGCAGCACUCCAUCACUCUCCUUCUUGGUCAAAUAGCCCUUACACAGCCUGGAGGUGUGUUGGGUCAUUGUCGUGUUGAAAAACAAAUGAUAGUCCCAUCAAGCGCAGACCAGAUGGGAUGGCGUAUCGCUGCAGAAUUCUGUGGUAGCCAUGCUGGUUAAGUGUGCCUUGAAUUCCAAAUAAAUCACAGACAGUGUCAACAGCAAAGCACCAUCACACCUUCUCCAUGUUUCACGGUGGGCACCACACAUGCGGAGAUAAUCUGUUCACCUACUCUGCGUUUCACAAAGACAUAGCGCUUGGAACCAAAAAUCUCAAAUUUGGAAUCAUCAGACCAAAGGACAGAUUUCCACCGGUCUAAUGUCCAUUGCUCGUGUUUCUUGGCCCAAGCAAGUCUUUUUUUCUUAUUUUUGUCCUUUAGUAGUGUUUUUUUUGCAGCACUUCGACCAACAUUUUGUGUAAUUGUUAGAUAUUACUUGUUAGAUACUACUGCACUGUCAGAGCUAGAAGCACAAGCAUUUCGCUACACCCUCAAUAACAUCUGCUAAACACGUGUAUGUGACCAAUAACAUUUGAUUUGAUGAAGGCCUGAUUCACGCAAUCUCCUUUGUUGAGAUGUGUCUGUUACUUGAUACUCUGUGAAGCAUUUAUUUGGGCUGCAAUUUCUGAGGCUGGUAACUCUCUAAUGAACAUAUCCUCUGCAGAAGAGGUAACUCUGGGUCUUCCUUUCCUGUGGCGGUCCUCAUGAAAGACAGUUUCAUCAUAGCGCUUGAUGGUUUUUGCGACUGCACUUGUAAGAAACUUUUUCUUCGUUCUUGACAUUUUCCUCAUUGACUGACCUUCAUGUCUUAAAGUAUUGAUGGACUGUCAAUUCUCUUUGCUUGUUUGAGCUGUUCUCGCCAUAAUAUGGACAGCCCUAUUUGGUUAAAUACCAUCUUCUGUAUACCACACCUACCUUGUCACAACACAACGUAUUGGCUCAAAGCAUUAAGAAGGAAAGAAAUUCCACAAAUAAACUUUUAACAAGACACUCCUAUUAAUUGAAAUGCAUUCCAGGUGACUACCUCAUGAAGCUGUUUGAGAGAAUGCCAAGAGUGUGCAAAGCUGUUAUUAAGGCGAAUGGUGGCUACGUUGAAGAAUCUCAAAUAUAACAUAUAUUUUGAUUUGUUUAACACUUUUUUUGGUUAAUACAUGAUUCCAUAUGUGUUAUUUCAUAGUCUCUAUGUAUUCACUAUUAUUCUACAAUGUAGAAAAUAGUCAAAAUAAAGAAAAUCCUUGAAAUGAGUAGGGGUGUCCAAACUUUUGACUGGUACUGUAUAUACAGUACAUUGGGAAAGUAUUCAGACCUCUUGACUUUUUUCCACAUUUUGUUACAUUAGUUUUUUUCCUAAAAUGCAUGAAAUAGUUUUUUUCCCUCAUCAAUUUACACACAAUACCACUUAAUGACAAAGCAAAAACAGAUUUUUAGACAUUUUAUAAAAUGUAUGAAAAAACAACAACUAAAUAUCACAUUUACAUAAGUAUUCAGACCCUUUACUCAGUACUUUGUUGAAGAACAUUUGGCAGCGAUUACAGCCUUGAGUCAUCUUGAGUAUGACUCUACAAGCUUGGCACACCUGUAUUUGGAAGUUUCUCCCAUUCUUCUCUGCAGAUUCUCUCAAGCUCCGUCAGGUUGGAUGGGGAACGUUUCUGCACAGUUAUUUUCAGGUCUUUCCAGAGAUGUUCAAUCGGGUUCAAGUCCGGGCUCUGGCUUGGCCACACAAGGACAUUCAGAUACAUGUCCCGAAGCCACUCCUGCUUUGUCUUGGCUGUGUUCUUAGGGUCGUUUUCCUGUUGGAAGGUGAACCUUCGCCCCAGUCUGAGGUCCAGAUUUUCUUCAAGGAUCUCUCUGUACUAUGCUCCGUUCAUCUUUCCCUCGAUCCUGACUAGUCUCCCAGUCCUUGCCAUUGAAAAACAUCCCCACAACAUGAUGUUGCCGCCACCAUGCUUCACCAAAGGGAUGGUACCAGGUUUCCUCCAGAUGUGAUGCUUGGCAUUCAGGCCAAAGAGUUCAAUCUAAGUUUCAUCAGACCAGGGAAUCUCAUUUCUAAUGUCCUUUAGGUGUUUUUUGUCAAACUUCAAGCGGGUUGUCAUGUGCCUUUUAUUGAGGAGUGGCAUCUGUCUGGCCACUCUACCAUAAAGGCCUGAUUGGUGAAGUAAUGCAGAGAUGGUUGUCCUUCUGGAAGGUUCUCCCAUCUCCACAGAGGAACUCUGAGGCUCUGUCAGAGUGACCAUCGGGUUCUUGGUCACCUCCCUGACCAAGGCCCUUCUCCCCCGAUUGCUCAGUUAGGCCGGGCGGCCAGCUCUAGAAAGAGUCUUGGUGGUUCCAAACUCCUUCCAUUUAAGAUUUAUGGAGGCCACUGUGUUCUUGGGGACCUUCAAUGCUGCAGCAAUGUUUUGGUACCCUUCCCCAGAUCUGUACCUCGGCACAAUCCUGUCUAGGAGCUCUACGGACAGUUCCUUCAACCUCAUCGCUAGGUUUUUGCACUGUCAACUGUGGGAACCUUAUAUAGACAGGUGUGUGCCUUUCCAAAUCUUGUCCAAUCAAUUUAAUUUACCCCUAGUGGAUUCCAAUCAAGUUGUAGAAACAUCUCAAGGAUGAUCAAUGGAAACAGGAUGCACCCAAGCUCAAUUUUGAGUCUCAUAGCAAAGGAUCUGAAUACUUAUGUAAAUAAGGUAUUUCUGUUUUUUUAUAUUUAAUACAUUUGCAAAAAUUUCUAAAAACCUCUUUUCACUUUGCCAUUAUAGGGUAAUGUGUGUAGAUUGAUGAGGAAUAAAAUAAAUUUAAUACAUUUUAGAAUAAGGCUGUAACGUUACACAAUGUGGAAAAAGUCAAGGGCUGAAUACUUUCCGAAUGCACUGUAUAUAUAUAUAAAAAAAAGACAUGAUUUUUUUCAUGUAUAUUACUAAAAACAGAUUAAAUGACUUUUGGCCAAGGGAUCUGUGGAAUAAGUUUAAAGUGUGUAACACAAUGUAAUAUUAUUCACCUUCAAUCUAUGUUCUUAACCCUGGGCAACAUGGGCCUGGGAGGCUCACAGGGAUAUUGGUAUCCACAGUACUCCACCAAUGAUACAUUUUUCAACUCAUUACUAUUCCUCCAAACUGUUUAUUUAAAACCUAAAUGCACUGUAAUUUAAGCUUUAAAACUGCUAAGUUUUCUCUCUGACUCAUGGCAAAUUGUGUAGACUUGCAGGAUAUUAGUUUUAAAGUUGCAAAAAAAAUGUAUAUCGCUGCCUCAUGGCAAAAUGUGUAGAAUUGCAGGAAAUUAGCUUGAAAACUGCCAAAAAAAAUCUAUCCGAUGCCAAUAGGUGGGCCUUUGAAAUGUUAUUUCCCAUGGUGCUUUCAAGACAACUGGGAACUCUGAAAAAAACGAGGUCAAAACGUGACGUCAUUGAUCUUCAGAUCGGAAAGUGAGAGCUCUAGGAGGCCCGAGUUUCUGACUUGGAAUUCCGAGUUGGAUAACAGUUCGGCGCUAGUUUUUUUCAGAGUUCCCAGAUGUCUUGAACGCACUGAAGUCUGAGGUCGGAGAUUUCCGAGUACAGAGUUCCGAGCUCCCAGUUGUCUUGAAUGCAGCAUUUGUUCAUCCAGCCGUGUAGACUACUGCAGAUGUCUCUGAUGAAUUUGCUAACACAAAAGGGAUCCCCAACCACAAAAAGUAUGAGAACCCCUACUCUAAAUAACUAAAGUAAAACCCAACCGCUGCCUAGAUUUUUGCAACCCCACCAGCUUCUACCCGAUUGUCUCAAAGCUGGCAAAUAAUAUGACCAUAUCUUUUCAGAUGAUUCUGUUUGUGUUUUAUGCCCUGUGAUUACGAAAUGGCUCGUUUUCCAUGAUUGGCAUUUUUAGAACAGGGCAUAAUGUUUAUCCCACUACCUGUGUACACUGAAACAUGUGAAGAAAGAUACAGAAUCUGAAAGAGAGGAUUACAUUUGUGUGCAGAUUCAUCAUUGACUCAGUUUCGCCACAGUACAUACACAAUUACUGAGAUUACAAACAUUCCACUAGAAUAGAUACAUACACGCAAUACAGUCCAACCGUUUUGGAUUUAAUAUUUCUGUUUCAUAGAUACCUUUCCAUCAGUUUAUUUAAAAGGACAUUGACAUACAGUACCAGUCAGAAGUUUGGACACACCUACUCAUGCAAGGGUUUUUCUUUAUUUUUACUCAUUUCUACAUUAUAGAAUAAUAGUGAAGAUAUCAGAACUAUGAAAUAACACAUAUGGAAUCAUGUAGUAACCAAAAAAGUGUUAAACAAAUACGAAUAUAUUUUAUAUUUGAGAUCCUUAAAAGUAGCCAACCUUUGCCUUGAUGACAGCUUUGCGCACUCUUGGCAUUCUCUCAACCAGCUUCAUGAGGAAUGCUUUUCCAACAGUCUUGAAGGAGGUCCUACAUAUGCUGAGCACUUGUUGGCUGCUUUUCCUUCAGUCUGCGGUCCAACUCAUCCAAAACCAUCUCAAUUGGGUUGAGAUCAGGUGAUUGUGGAGGCCAGGUCAUCUGAUGCAGCACUCCAUCGCUGUCCUUGGUCAAAUAGCGGGUUGUUUUGGGUCAUUAUCCUGUUGAAAAACAAAUGAUAGUCCUACUAAGCGCAAACCAGAUGGCAUGGCAUAUUGCUGCAGAAUGCUGUGGUAGCCAUGCUGGUUAGGUGUGCCUCGAUUUGACCAUGAAGGCCUGAUUGUUUCCUCUGAACAGUUGAUGUUGAGAUGUGUCUGUUACUUGAACUCUGUGAAGCAUUUAUUUGGGCUGCAAUCUGAAGUGCACUUAACUCUAAUGAACUUAUUCUCUGCAGCAGAGGUAACUCUGGGUUUUCCUUUCAUGUGGCGGUCAUCAUGAGAGCCAGUUUCAUCAUAGCGCUGGAUGGUUUUUGCGACUGCACUUGAAGAAACGUUUAAAGUUCUUGACAUUCUCCGCAUUGACUGACCUUCAUGUCUUAAAGUAAUGAUGGACUGUCGUUUCUCUUUGCUUAAUUGAGCUGUUCUUGCAAUAAUAUGGACAUGGUCUUUUUCCCCAAAUAGGGCUAUAUUCUGUAUACCCCCCUACCUUGUCACAACACAACUGAUUGGCUCAAACACACUCAAAAUGUACUUUUAACAAGGCACACCUGUUAAUUGAAAUGCAUUCCAGGUGACUACAUCAUGAAGCUGGUUGAGAGAAUGCCAAGAGUGUGCAAAGCUGUCAUGAAGGCAAAGUGUGGCUACUUUGAAGGAUCUCAAAUAUAAAAUAUAUUUUCAUUUGUUUAACACCUUUUUGGUUACUACAUGAUUCCAUAUGUGUUAUGUCAAAGUUUUGAUGUCUUCAAUAUUAUUCUACAAUGUAGAAAUUAGUAAAAAGAAAAACCCUGGAAUGAGUAGGCGUUUCCAAACUUUGACUGAUACUGUUGUUGUAAUUACGUUUUAUGCAAUAUGUGUUUUGAAUAUAUUUUAAGCUCAUUUGAGUCAUUAUGUUCCAUUAUCUUACCCAGGAAUCAUAAUUUGUUCAUGUUUACAUACAUUGUAUAGCCAUUGAAAUGUCUCCAUGAUGGUGAUGCUGCUGUUGUAAUGGAGUAAUGUGGGGUAGGUGCAACAUAAGACAAAACAAUUACAAGGCCUUGAGUGAGAGGUCUAACUGGUGUCUGCAAGUGGCCACACAACUCUCUGAAGUGUUCACAGUUCCUAAGUAAUUCCAAUGCACUUUUAUGACUCAAAAAGUCUUCAGCCACUCUGCCCAGAAAACGUGCUUUGGUGAUGAAAUGUAACUUCCUUAUGUUAUAUAAUACAUUUGUACCAAGACAAAUAUGGUUAUUCAUGUUAUGAAUCUUUCAGUGGGGUCUUUCUCUAACAUAUCAAAAAAGUUGGAUUUCAUAACCUAAUACAUCCGACUAUAAACACCGAGCUCUGUUGACACAGCGGUGCAGGUUUCUCAUAACAACUUUUAAGAUUUUACCUUUUGUGGUUGUCUUCUUCAAAGUUGUUUCUGCGGGUUGCAAAAAGGUAAAUUGGUGUGACACGAACUGAAUUAAAUGUAAAAGGCUUUGAAAAUGGAAAGCUUGAUGUAUACUCGGCGCUCCGUUGACAUUUCUAAGAGAUACGAUAGUUUUUUUAGAGAAAUCUACUAAGACCAAUAAUUAAUAUAAAAAGUCUAUAAUAAAAUAUGAAAAUACUACAUGUUAUGUCUCAAAAUCGAUAUCCAUCUUACUUCUAUAUUAUUUUAUGUCCCGUGGUUUCGAGAAGAAAGAUGAGUUCAACGGGAAAGUGAGCUUGUCAAGUAGACAGUAGCCUUAAUUUUUGCACUGAAUCCAGCCUAGCUGAUGUGAUGCAAUUUUCCAGAUUUUGUAAAACGUUUUUUCUCUGACCUCCAUUGAUUUAGUCAUCCCAAUUCUGGACAUCCUACAUGGGUAAAACUCCAAUAAGUUCUUAGAGUAUUAUGUAUACAUUUACAUAUUAUUUUAUCCAUUGUUAAAAAUAUGCCUUUUUAAUUGAUUGGACACCCUAUAUAACGUUUUUUUUUUUUGCUCUCCUACCUGUGCUAUUGAGGAACUAGAGCAAGCACCCUUGUUUUGUUUGGAACAUAACCUUGCAUCCGGCCGUCACAGAAUUACUGUUUACGCAAUCCAAAAACGGUCCAUAAAUCGCAAUCUGGGUCAAGUGGGCAUAAUUUGAAAGCCUGUUCUAUUGCCAGCAUGACUAGCUAAAUUAUGAAAUGCGACAUUAUAGUGUUAGGCUUUCACAAUGCAAUUCAGGGACACAGAUCAGCAUUUUGGUGCGCAUAGAAAGGGGUCGUGAGUGCAUUCAGGUGCGUGUGCUGCGGUACAUUUACUUCACAACAGACAAACAUAGGUUCAUUCUGUUCAGAACACCCAAGGGUAUAACGCCAUGUCAUCUGUAACUGUACAUCAAACAUAGUGAUCAUAAACAUUGACACUGUAUCUGACAUUAGUUUUAUAAUAUGGAAAUGAAAAGUGCACAUUUGGACACUGGUGUUUAGCUUGCUUGUUUGACAUCAAGGCAGUAUUUAUAAUCCUAAACGUCUCAUCUUUCAGAAUACAUAGAGUUCUCUUAAUUUACAGCAUUUCCCCACUCGGACAACAAAAACGUUGCCCAAUUAGCUGCAGAAACGGUGCAACUUGUUGCGCACAGUACUCAAGUUCAGGACGCCUGUCAGUCAAAACCCAUACAGAGCUGUGAAGUGUAGAGACUGAGGUCUGACAUCAUGUAUAGCAUGUUAUUGUACAACCACAACGUUCCAAUUUAGGCAUUUAUCAGUGCCCAGAUCUGUCAUUUGCAACCCAUAUGAGGGUUAAAGGGAUAGUUCACUCUCCCCAAAAAAUACAUAAUCAUCAUCAUAGUUUUUUCUCUUUACUGAAAGUGCUCUAUCUUAACUUGACUGCUGAGUGAACUAUCCUUAUAAAGGCAAGUAUACCCUGUGUGUUGGUGGAUGGGAUAAGAGACAGAAAUAUGAUACCUCCAUGCAAUGCCACUUAGAUCACACUGGUAUUAAUGUUUAUAUGGUAUUAUUUAUUAUUUUAUGUUAAAAACAAAGCAUCUUGUAUAUCGUUUAUAAUAACUUAUGCAACAUUAGUGUAUUAACGCAUCAUUAUAAUAUCAAGUAAUUGUAUGAUUACCCUUUUGCCAAAAAGUUCUAAAACAAAUGUUCAUAAAAUGUUGUAAAAAGGAAAAUGCUGAUCAUCAAAUCGAGCGAUUACCAAUGAUUGAAGUUUGUAUAUUAACCCGAUUUAAAUGGCAUAACCUGAGCAAAACAAAUCUCCCUCUUCCAUUGUUAUUGUAGUUGCGGCAUCCUUUCUCUCAAUCUAGUCCAGUACUACUCUUAUAACAGAGCGUCUGGGCUCAUGACGAAACACUACUCCAACCUAUUCCCAACGCUCACCUGCCCAGUCCACCGUUGGACAGCAUUCUAUGACUUUUGUAUGUACAGUAAAAGUUGAAAGCAAUAUGCUGUAUUAACCCUGAAGAAGCCUUGUUUUCUACUGCGUCAGUGUGCAGCUUGUGUACAGUUUGAGUGGGGCUGAGGGGGUGUGGAUCUGUCCAUGAGAAUGUUCUGAGAGAUAAUCAUGACUGCUAGGCUAGCUGCAUUAGUUCACAAAAAAAAGCUGUGCUUCUUUUUUCCCUCUUUCUUUUUUCUCCUUUUCUUGCUCUCCCUCUUUUGCAUUUUGAAAAGUUGAAUGGGCAGCUAUCUGUCACACUGAAUAAAAUGGAACAGAGUCACUGUCA